AUGAGCUCUUUGCAUUCUUUUUCCGGUUACCCUCGUCAAUCAUUAUGGGGUUCCACCUGGAACAUCGCUAGAAAGUAUGCUUCCUUCAUUGGACCCGGUAUCAUGGUUUCGGUUGCUUACAUGGACCCUGGUAACUAUGCCACUGGUGUCUCCGCUGGUGCCUCCAAUCGAUUUUCCUUAUUGUUCAUCACUUUCAUGUCAAGUGUCAUGGCUGUUUUCUUACAGUCUUUGUGUAUUAAGCUUGGUACUGUUACUGGUUAUGACUUGGCAAGGUGCAGUCGGGAACAUCUUCCUAAGAAGUUGAAUUAUGUGUUGUGGUUCCUAGCAGAAUGUGCCAUUAUCGCUACCGACAUAGCCGAAGUCAUUGGUUCGGCCAUUGCAUUAAAUAUUUUGUUGCAUAUUCCCUUGCCAGCCGGUGUGGUCAUCACAAUUGUGGAUGUUCUUGUGGUGUUGGCAGCCUACAAAGCCGAUUCUCCGCUGGCACAUUUCGUGCGGUACUUCGAGUACGCAGUAGGUGUGCUUGUGUUUGGUAUUGUUGUUUGCUUUAUUGUAGUUUUGGCUUACUUGCCUAAAGGCUCGGCUCCUUUCGGUCAGGUCAUGCGAGGUUUCGUUCCCAGUAAAGAGAUGUUCGAAGACCGAGGCUUGACCAUCGCCACAUCCGUGAUUGGAGCCACGGUGAUGAUCCACUCUCUUUUCUUGGGGUCGGGUUUGGUCCAGCCUCGCUUGCGUGAGUUCGAUGUGAAGCAUGGCUAUGCUAUGGUCCCAUCCGCUCCUUCUGAACCCUCUACUACCGAAGUCCGUUCGGAAACUGUAACUGAGAAGGAUGGAACUGAGGUGCUGGAUUACUUUUACAACAUCUACACCCCUUCAUACCAUGCCAUCAAGUACUGCUUGCGGUACUCCAUUAUUGAAUUGGUGGUUACUCUCAUGACGUUUGCACUUUUUGUCAACUCUGCGAUUUUGAUCUUAGCUGGUGCCACACUCUACGGAACCCCAGAUGCUGUUGAUGCCGACCUUUACAGUAUCCAUGACUUGCUCCUGAAGACUUUGGCUCCAGUAGUUGGAACACUCUUUAUGGUCGCCUUGUUGUUCAGUGGUCAGAGCGCUGGUAUUGUAUGCACUAUAGCUGGGCAGAUUGUCAGUGAAGGUCACUUGAAAUGGACGGUCAAGCCAUGGAUUAGGAGACUUUGCACAAGAAGUAUUUCCAUCCUCCCAUGUUUGGUGAUCUCGCUCUGUAUCGGCAAAAGUGCAUUGAACUCCGCGUUGAACAUCUCGCAGGUUGUCAUUUCCAUUCUUCUCCCUCCCCUCACAGCCCCACUCAUCUAUUUCACCUGUAGCAAAAAAAUUAUGCGAGUGGAAAAGCCUGCGGAAGAAUGUGACCAACAAGGCGAAGGAUCUGCAAACGAGCCUCAAUACUGGCAAAUGGAGAAUUCCUGGUUGACUACGAUCAUUGUUGUUGCAAUUUGGCUCUUCAUUUCUGUGUUGAACGUCUAUGCCAUCGUGCAAAUGGGCAUGGACGGAGUUUCAGGAUAA